AUGGCAGGCCGAUGGCAGCGCGGUGGCGGCUCGGGCAUUUGGUGCACCUGGGCGGGCGAGCUUUUGGAAGUAAUCUACGAGCACUACGAGGAGGCACUCUGCGCGCUGCCGUUGGAGGACAUGCCAGUGCUUGCCCCGUGCCUCCUCGACGUCGGCGUGUGCAUCGGAUUCACCAACCCCGUCACCAACAUCAUCGCCAACAUGCUCUUCUUUCUCCUCGACACCGAGGAGGCUAGCGAGCCUGCGCUUCUUGAACCCGAGCCCAACGGCGCCAAAAAGCGGAAGCGCAAGCUGAAGAAGCUGAAUACGAAGGCCUUAGGGGAGGCAAGGGUGAGGGAGGAGGUCCUCUCCAAGAUCAUUGCAGGCGACGGCCCCUCCUCUCCGCCGGAAGCCUAG